AUGUCUUCCGAUAUGUCCUCCGGAAUCACGUACUGCUCCACGAUCAAAGAACAGUCCAUACGUCAAUCUCAAAUUCGCACAAUGGACCAAGCCAUCGAAAUCCCCUUAUAUCGUAUCACAACACUCCAGGAACUCUCCGCCAUCUCAAUGAUCCACCGCUGCAUCGGCAAAUCAAGCUAUGGAAGGCUCAGCGAUCAAUGCAAGGUAUCUGUCUUCUACAACAUUCGUUCACUAGCAGGGGCCGUCAUAAAGAAUGCUACAAACAGUAGCAAUAGCUGGACAGGAGCAGAGACACUUGUGAGACUGGCCAAACUUUGUCUCUGUCAGAGCUGCUCUCAAACUCAGCUGUUUGAUGUGGUGGCUGCUUGGAGAAAAGAGCUAGACGCGCUCGCAAAUGUGGUGGAGGUUGAGAUGGUUGACUCUCCUGUCGAGUCUGAGAGCGAAGACAAGGCUGCCUCGCCAGGAGUCAUGGCUAUGGCGUCUAUUGGUGGAACAUGGAAUAGCCCAGAUGAAAUCUUAUCAUAA